CUGUGCAACGUAUUUUUUUUAAAUUCCUGCAAAAUUGAUAUAUAUAUAUAUAAAGUUGAGUUAUUGUGAAGCACAUCUAAGAAUAUUACAAUGGUCUUCUUAAAACAAACAUUUGUUUUUCUUGUUAUUGCCGUGGCAAUACAAUCAACACAACAAGCAGUAUUGCAACGUGAAUGCCCGAAAGCAUGCCCAAAAACGUAUGAUCCUUUGUGUGGCGUCAAUGAAUCUGGCCAAAUCAAAAAAAUAUUCCCUAAUAGAUGUCUAUUUAAUGUGGAAAUAUGUUUGAAUUCCGAAGAAUAUGAUUCGUUUGAUUGGCAUACAUGUUCUCCUGAAGAAAGAAAAAACUAUCCAGGUGAUCCCAAUUCUGGUUCAGAAGAGAAUCCCAAUAAUGGUAGUGGCACUAAUGGUAGUGGCACUAAUGGUAGUGGCAAUGAAGGUAGUGGUACUAAUAGUAGUGGCGUCAAACCAAAUUCCACUGGUAAAAAACAAGAACAUGGUUUCGCAUUUUGUUUUUUCUUCAUUUGCGCAUCUGGGUCGCUUCCGUAGUGACAAAU